ACCUUAUUUCAAUUCGGCCAAACGGGCGUUUGGCGGACUGGAAUUUUUGCAAAAGCGCAUGAAAACACGACGACAGUCCCAAUUUUCCUUACUUCCUCAUCCUCAACCACUAUGAGCGGCGAUAAGGUCAUUUGCGAGGACUGCGUUACCGGCUUUCUCAAGACAGGUGAAACCCAAGGCGACAUCAAAACCGUUGGCUCGGUGCAAGCUUAUUUCACCCCUUCGAGUUCACACAAGUCCGAUAAGGCCAUCGUCAUUAUUGGCGAUAUUUUCGGCUGGGAGUUCAUCAAUACUCGGCUUUACGCUGACGAGAUAGCAAGACAGACAGGCUUUCUGGUAGUGGUGCCUGACCUAAUGAAAGGCUAUGCUGCUCCUGCCGAUGCUCUUUUGAAGCCGCCGACCGGUUUUGUGAAUAGCAUUCUCCAUAAAGCAAAAAUGGUCCCUAUGAUCUAUAGCUCAGGCAGAGCUAUCAUGGCCCUUAAACCCGAAGUUGUCCUAGACUUGGCCCACGCCGUACUGAACGACCUUCGUGCCAGCUAUGGCAUUCAAUCCAUCGGUGUGCAUGGUUUCUGCUUUGGAGGGAAAUAUUCGAUUCUUUUAGGUAACAAAGGACCGAAUGACACGCCGUCGCCUGUUCAGGCUUUCGCAGCCGGUCAUCCUUCUCUUUUGAAGAUUCCUGGUGACGUUGAAAACAUCGAUCCCUCCAUACCGGCAUUUCUACAGUAUGCUGAAUCUGACUUUAUGGUGUCGGAGAAGAACAGACAAGACAUCGAACAAAUUACCAAAGAGAAGUCUCUCACCAACGUCAAGACCAAAUUGUACCCCGGCACCAAACAUGGCUUCUGUCUCAAGUCCAACGAAGAUGAUGAAAAGGAACGGGCCAUUGCCACUGAAGCCACCACCGAUGCUGCUCAAUUUUUUGCCAGCAAGCUGUGAUUAGCCUUUGUAGGCUAGGAGUAUCCUAUUUUUAUUUAUUCACCGCGGCCGCCAAGCUCGCUAGCUGACCGUGCUAUGUUAAUACCAUUAUCAUUUCCACGUCUCUUGUGGGAUGAAGUGUCCAUUACAUAAUGUUUUAUUUGCCAAGCACUGCUAAAGAUGAG